GAUGUCUUGGGCCUGCAUGAGUUUGAUAGUUGGCGCAAAAGAAUGUCAGUUGUUAUCAGAUUUCCCGACAAUACUGUGAAGGUAUUGGUCAAAGGUGCUGAUACUUCUGUGUUUAGCAUAUUGGCAAAAGAUGCAGGAAGAUCAGAUCAGAUUAGGCAAGCAACUCAGAGCCAUUUGACAGAAUAUUCUUCACAAGGUUUACGCACCCUUGUAGUUGCUUCAAGAGAUCUUACAGAUGCAGAGCUUGAGCGAUGGAAAUGCUGUUACGAAGAUGCAAGUACCUCUUUAUUUGAUAGAGGUGCAAAAUUACACCAAACAGCAGCUCUUAUAGAGUGUGACUUAACUUUACUUGGCGCAACUGGGAUAGAGGACAAGCUACAAGAAGGUGUACCAGAAGCCAUUGAGGCCCUAAGACAAGCAGGAAUAAAGAUCUGGGUACUAACUGGAGAUAAACAAGAAACAGCAAUUUCAAUAGGUCUCUCUUGCAAGCUUUUGGCCACUGAUAUGCAGCAGAUAAUUAUAAAUGGUGAUUCUGAGGAGGAAUGCAGAAAUCUCUUGGCCAAUGCAAAGGCUAAAUAUUGUCUGAAGUCAUCAAAUGGAAAAGAUCAAAGUUAUAACUGUAAGAAGAAUAGUGAACAUGAUCAUCUUUCAAUAUCUGAUGAUACAAAAUCAUCCACUGCACGCCAAUUGGAUGAAAGGAAGGAAGAAGAAAUGGGUUCUGCACCACUUGCACUCAUAAUUGAUGGAAGUAGUUUGGUCUACAUUUUAGAAAAAGAUCUUGAGUCAGAGCUUUUCGACCUUGCAACUUACUGUAGGGUUGUCCUAUGCUGUCGUGUCGCACCAUUGCAGAAAGCUGGGGUCGUUGAUUUGGUCAAGAGUCGAACUGAUGAUAUGACACUGGCAAUUGGUGAUGGAGCCAAUGAUGUUUCAAUGAUCCAAAUGGCGGAUGUUGGAGUAGGAAUCUGUGGUCAGGAAGGGCGUCAAGCUGUGAUGGCAUCAGAUUUUGCAAUGGGUCAAUUCCGGUUUCUGAAAAGAUUACUUCUAGUUCAUGGCCAUUGGAAUUAUCAACGUGUUGGUUAUUUAGUUCUCUACAACUUCUACCGCAAUGCAGUUUUUGUUUUGAUGCUAUUCUGGUAUAUACUGUUGACAGCUUUCUCAACAACCUCUGCAUUAACAGAUUGGAGUAGUGUUUUUUACUCUGUAAUAUAUACUUCUGUCCCUACCAUUGUUGUUGGUAUUUUGGACAAGGACUUGAGCCAUAAGACGCUACUAAAGUAUCCAAAACUCUAUGGUGCGGGACAUAGACAUGAGGCCUACAAUAUGCACCUUUUCUGGAUCACAAUGAGUGACACACUGUGGCAGAGUCUCGUUCUCUUCUAUAUACCUUUAUUCACCUAUAAGGAGGGAACAAUUGAUAUAUGGAGCAUGGGUAGUUUGUGGACUAUAGCAGUUGUUGUCCUUGUUAAUGUGCACUUAGCAAUGGACAUUCAGCGCUGGGUUUUUAUUACUCAUGUAGCUGUUUGGGGAUCCAUUAUAAUCACAUAUGCUUGUAUGGUGGUAGUGGAUUCCAUUCCAAUCUUCCCCAAUUACGGGACCAUCUUCCAUCUGGCAAAGUCACCCAGAUAUUGGCUCACCAUUUUGCUCAUAACAAUUGUGGCACUAUUACCUCGCUUUCUUUUUAAAGUUGUACAUCAAAUUUUUUGGCCUUCAGAUAUCCAGAUUGCCAGAGAAGCUGAGAUACUGAAAAAACGAGAAAAUUUGAGGUCAAGAACUGAUCAAGGUUCCAGUUGACAUGUUACACCUCUUGUGGAUGUGGAUUUCCUUGACUUUUAUGGCUCCUAUGUUCUUUUGUGGUGUGCAGUGAAGGCUUGAAGAAGCUCAUUGCAAACCUGUGUGGAACAAAUGAUCGACAAUUAACUGCAGAGCAGAUUGUGUACUAAAGAGAGGUGGAGAGCGUAGGAGUUGUGGUAUUCGGUGUGUAAAGAAUAUUACUUGGACGGUGUAUGGUCAGGAAGGAAAAGUCAUAGGAAUAAAAAGGAUGGAAGCUGCCAAUUUGCAGGAUCUUGAUCAGUUUGGUAGAGAGCAAAUAGAGGUCUGCAGAACUUAAAAAUUUGGUUGGGGAUGGUCAGGAUUUUAACAUAUGGCUCGGAAAAUGCCCAAUCUGUCUUCAGCAUCAAGAGAAAAUAACCAAGUAUAUAAUAGGCUUGUAAAGAUAAGGGGUUUGGCAUCUUUGUCACUGUUAUUCUUAUUUUCUUUUGGUUCAAAUUUUAUUUUAUUAUUAUUAUUUUUUUUCUCAAAUCUUGUAUACCAAAAACAAAAAGAAUGAGGAAAGGAAUUGGGAGAAAGACCACGGUGAAGGACUAAUCAUACUUGCAUAUUUUCAUA